AUGAGGAUGGCUAAUCAUGUCAGAAUAGAUUAUGAUGAUUGGAGGAAGAUCCCUAUACAGAAGAAAGAAGAUAUGUAUUCUAUGGUUAAGGCCAAGUUUGUUAUUCAUCCGGCUGAAACAACACGUGCAUAUGAUUCAAGUCUUACAAUCGAUCAAAUUGUGGCACAACAAACUGAGAAAGAUAACAGGGUGAACCCAACUCAGUUUAAAAAACUUGUUACUCAUUGGUUUACUCAAAAAUAUCAGAGCAUGUGUGAUUUGAGGAGAAAGAUUCGUGCAAAGAUGGAAGAGCCCCAUGUUUCUUGGAUAAAAUCAUUUGCUUGA